AUGGAAGCGGAAAAACAAUCUGAUAUCAAAGGAACCAUCGCUUUCGACACACACGGCAAUGUUAUAGAGGCCACAGGUGUGGGCAGCAAAAGGAUCGAGGAUAUCGGUGACCUAUCGAAAGUUGCAUUGGAUGCAGAGGGUUUUGCUCAAGUUCAGGGAGAUUCGUUACUCGUACACUUGUACAAACACGAAGAUAUCACUUUGGCAGUUUAUACAAACGCUCGAUAA